AUGACGAAGAGGAAACCGUCUUGCGAGGGCAGAGAGGACACCGUGCAACACGCAAAGGGGCCGAGGCAGGUUACAGGGCAGGAGGGCUUGGUGAAACAGAAGAUGGUGCAAGGCCAGCAGCUCCUGCCUACCCCUUUCAACCGGGCCUUUUUGGGCGAUGCGGUUGUGCUGCGGCAACAGCAGCAGCAGCAGCAGCAGCAGCAGCACCGCCGCCUGCAGGCCGAGGCCAUUUUGGGACAACGCGGGCGGACCAAAGGAAGUUCCUGA